AUGGCGCAACCAAGACCACAAGAGCAGUCUGCUCUACGGAAUAUUCCCAAAGUCGUAAUUCGCCCAACAUGGGACAACAUAGUCGCGACCUCUUAUCUCCUCAAGGGCAUCGUUUUUUUCGUAGCGCACCCGUUUCUCUACCCUCUGAUGAGAGCUCGCCUUUUGCCUGCCGUCCUGCUCAGUCUCUUUGUGUACUUGAACCUGUUCCUUUGGACGUAUUUGCCGCAGGUCGCCUUCCUUGCGAUGUUCCAUAAGCCAGGGAGCGCUUGGGUAAAUGGCACGUUUCUCGUACUAGGCGAGGGGGCAGCAGUGGUGGCUUUACUGUUUGAAUCUUUCCUGGUGGACGAGUCCCAGGUUGACAUCUUCGAUGCAAUUCUCAUCUACAAGGGCCACGAGGACCUGGUGCGCCAGCAUCGACCCGUGUCCGAAGAAUCGUUGAACAACCCUGUUCGUCGUCUCGGCAAGCCUACAAAGCCCGCUGUCUACGCGCCGUUCUCCUUUCGCCAAAUCACAGAGUUUAUUCUCCUCUUGCCACUCAAUUUUGUGCCGUAUGUUGGAGUACCGCUAUUCCUUCUUUUGACAGGAUAUCGUGCGGGUCCUUUGCAGCACUGGAGAUACUUCAAGCUUCUCGGAUUUGAGAGCAAGCAAAGGAACGCGUUUGUGAGGAGGAGGCAAUGGCAGUACACCUGGUACGGAACUGUGUAUUUGUUCUUGCAGCUCGUACCGCCUUUCAGCAUGUUAUUCCUACUAACGGCGGCUGUGAGCUCUGCCUUGUGGGCGGCAGAUUUGGAAAACGUGCGAAGGGAACAGGAAGAAGGGUUUCUACAAGCCUCACAAUAUGUAGAUGAUCCGGAUGCGUCUGUUUGAAUAGAAAUAUAGUGAUGUAGAGUUGAAUAACCUUUCGAUGGUACAAAUCCAGUAUAAUUGUC